AUGAAUAAUAGAUUACUAUACUUUGGAUUCUGCAAUGCUGCGAUUAGUUUAAUUGCUGGAAUAGUCAGUUUAAUUUAGGCUAGCUGUUGUUUCAACUUUAGUAUCAUAUUUAUAGCAGAGUUUAUGUUGAUGAUUGCAUUUAUUAUUUUGUAAUAUAAAAGGUUUUUAAAUGACCUGAUUAGGGAAAAAUUUUUAGGCGUUUCAUACCUUUUAUGCUAAAUAUUAUAGAUUGAAUACUUAGGAUCUCUUUAAUCUUCUGAAUACAUUUUGUUUCUGAGUCUCAGAUUAUUCAUUAUAACAACCUCAUUGGAAAGAAUCACCUUUCGAAUUGUUCUAUUUUUGGUAACUUAUUUUUACCUUGGAAUUAGAUUAUAAUUUUAUUUGAAUAUGUUUCCAUACUUAGGAUUGGCAUUUAUUCCUUUUUUAUUUAUCGUUGGUUAAUCUCAAGAGAAUCUUUCUUCUACAGUUAUAGAUUUUUUUUAAACUACUUUAACGAAUCCAGUACUAAUACUAGAUGCUUAAACAAGAGAACCCCUCUUCCAUUCCAACCAAAUGGAAUCAUAAUUUAAUUAUACUUCUAUAAAUCAAGAUUACUUUAUUCAAUAUCUCUUAUCAUUCUAGGAUUCCUAACAAAAAACUCUAAGGAGCAUUUUCGAUGAACAGAAAUCUUAAAUUGCGUAAAAGACUCGAAUACAAUAUCACAAAUUGAAAGAAAUAUCAAAUGAAGAUUAUCAUUAUGUUGAAACUCUAUAAAAUAAAAAAUUAGCUACUUUAAUACAAGACGAAAUAAAUCAAGAAAAGCAAGACCUGAUAAAUAUAGAUAGUCCUAAGUAGUAAAUCGAAAAGUUAAAAUUUCCAGUUUCAAAUCAAUUUAAUGAUGAUACUCCCUAACAUGGAAAAAGCAAAUUUCGAUUUAAGGAUAGCUAAUAUAAAUUAUUCGGAAUCAAUGAGUUGAAAUAAAAGAGAAUAAAUAUAGUUGUGUAACAUUGCAUAUGGAAAAAUAAAGAGGCUUUUAUGAUUUCCUUAAAAGACUUAGAAAACUAAAAGAUAUUAUAAAUCUUGACUGAAGAACUCGAAGAAAGUAAAAAACAGAAUGAGAAUAAAGAUUAGAUAUUGGCAACAGUGUUUCAUGAUUUUAAAACACCCAUUAACGGAAUCUGUACUAUAGUGGAGGCUAUGGAAGAGAAAUACAAUCUUAAUGCAGCUUCGAAAUACUAUUUGAGAAUAAUUAGAAAAAACGUAUACUUGAUGUUAUACAUGAUAUACGAUAUUUUAGAUUUUGCUAGGAUUUAGAAAAAUCAAUUAAGAUUAAGUGUUAGUGAUUUUUAUUUAAAUGAAGUCAUAGAAGAGGUUAUUGAAUUAGUAGCCAUUUAAGCAGAACAAAAGGGAGUUGUUAUAUAAACACAUUACGAUAUCCCAUGUUUUCAAAUAUAUAGUGAUCCUAAUCGUAUUAAAUAGAUUCUUAUGAAUUUUAUUUCUAAUUCAUUAAAAUUUACUGAAUAAGGAUCAAUAACAAUAUCAGUCGAAUCUCUACACACUGAUAAAGCCAAUCAUAUUGUUCGGGCAGUUUCAUCAAAAAAUGUGCUUAAUUAAUAAUAAAAUUAAUAAACAGUAGGAUAAUUGCGUAAAUAGUUAUCUGGAAAAUCUGUUAAGUCUUAAUCUGGACAAGGUAGGAUGGUUUAUACCAUAUCCAUUCAAGAUACAGGUUGUGGAAUCUCGGAUCUUAUCAAACCUAAAUUAUUCAAUAUGUAUGCCACAUUUCCAAGUAAGGAUGUUCAAAAUAAAAGUGGAACUGGGAUUGGAUUGAUGGUUUGUAAGAAACUAAUCAAAUUAUUGGGUCCAUCUGAAAAAAUCGACCUUUGGAGUGAAUAAAACAAAGGAACCAAGAUGUCAUUUCAAAUUUACUCUAGAUUACCAGAUGAUCCAAAAAGAUCUCCUAAUUAUAUUAGUGUAUUCAAAUAAGAGAGCAGCUCUAAAAAUUUUAAUAUCGAUAGUCCUUCACUAAUUGAUGAAUAGGAUUAGAUGCAAUAAAAAUUUGUAAGAUCAUCUGUUCUACGUGUUUACACAAGGCCAGUAGAUAAAAAUGAUACAGAAGCAGGGUUUGAUUUUUAUCCGGAAUAUGAGGAUGAAGGGUAGUAGAAAUUACAAAACAUAAACAUUUUAUAAAAUUUAAGAUCACCAACUCCAAGCAGAAUAAAAACUAAAGAGUAAAAUUUAGAUGAUUCUUAAGAAAUCAUGGAUCCAAGGUCAAGAUUACAAAGGAUUUUACAACAUAAAACAUUUUCAAUAUUGAUUGUUGAUGAUCAACCAUUUAACGUUUUGGCUUUGAAAUUGUUGCUAUAGGAUAUCUCAUCAAAUAUUUCAUUUUUAGAAGCUUAUAAUGGCUAGCAAGCUGUUAAUAAAUUAAAAACAUUUCAGAAAUGCAAGAACAUAAAAUAUGUUUUAAUGGAUCUCUUCAUGCCAAUUUUAAAUGGAUGGAAAGCAGCAACGAAGAUCAGAGAGAUGAUUGCUAAGUAACUUAUUGAGGAUGUAAAGAUAAUAGCGAUAUCGGGAUUUGAUGAUGAAAGUGAAUAGGAAAGAUGCGAGAAUGUUGGAUUUGAUGCCUUUAUUACUAAGCCUGUUAAAUUGGAGAUGAUUGCAGAAGUAUUUGCAUAGCUAGAGUAUAAUUGAACUUGAUAAUACUAUUUUUAUAAAUUU